AUGAAGAAGUGCGGACUGCACUAUUAUCGUGCGACCGCAGAAUUCAAGAGUGCGGUUGCAAUCAGAAAUAUGCGAUCUGCAGAAGUCCCUCCUGUCAAGCUCAAAUUCAAGAUUGCGGUCGCACUCAGAAAUAUGCGGCGACAUCACCACCCUGCAGCCAAUGGGAAAGCUGAGUCAACAAAUAAAGUUAUUAUUAAUAAUUUAAAAAAGAGAUUAGAAGAGUCAAAAGGCAAAUGGCCCGAAGUAUUACCAGGAGUUUUAUGGGCUUAUCGAACGACAACCAAAACCAGCACAAGAGAGACUCCGUUUUCACUUGUCUAUGGUGAUGAAGUCUUAAUCCCAGUUGAGAUAGGUGAACCAAGUACAAGGUAUAAACAAGCAACCGAGGAGUCAAAUGAGGAAGAGAUGCGAAUGAAUUUGGAUUUACUAGAGGAAAUGAGAGAAGCGAUGCUAAUAAGGAUAGCGGCUCAGAAACAAAUGAUUGAGCGAUACUAUAACAGGAAAGCUAAUAUGAGAUACUUCAAGAUUGGGGACUUCGUUCUCAAAAAAGUAUUUCAAUCAAGGAAAAUUGAGUCCAAAAAAUGGGAAGGCCCCUAUAGGGUUCGAGGCAUCGCUGGAAAGGGAGCAUAUGAGUUGGAAACCAUGGAUGGCAAGAUACUACCAUCAAAUUGGAAUGUUGUUCAUCUGAAGAAGUAUUACUUUUAG